AUGGAAGCGGAACCCGACAAGCAUCGGAUGCCCUCCGCGCGCGCGGCUCCCGAGGCCGCCACCGGAAAGUACGCUUCUGCCCUCCUCCUUCGUGCACGCUGCUACGCAACGCCGGUCCAGUUGUCGCGUCUCGAGCUGGAGCAAAAUACAGUAAAUACGAUGGCCUGGAUUUUGUUUUCUUCUCUCUUCGCGGCGCAACGAGGAGACGACUCCGUGCUGGUCCGGCCACGGCCCGGCGACGGUCACGGCCUGCGCUCAUCACGUGGGCCCCGCCCGCCUCCCAAAAGUUCCAAAGACUAUAGACAACUUUGCGAACACACCCCUACCAAAACUGGUAAACACUUCCGUGCUGCAGUAGCCCGGACGAGCCCCACCCUGCGAAUCUGCGAUCUUUCGCCAGCGUUGUUUGAUCUCCACGAAGCGAAAUCUGGAAAGAACAGGGGUGUCUCCGGGAACGACGCGCGGAGGUCAAAUCGGGCCGAGGUCAGGCCCUCCUCCCCCGUCGGACCCCGCAUUUCAAAUUUCUUCGCCCCCCUCCUCCGCUCCGGCCACCUUUACACGCCCAACGGCUACGCCGCCGCCCGAUCCACCCUCCCGCCGCCCUCGCCGGCCAGGCCCCCGCUCGGCACGACCGCAACCCGCGCCAUGGACAGCGACGACGAGGAGAUGCGCGACGCCUACUCCGUCGACGACGGCGACGACGACGCGGAGUACGAGGGGGCCCGGGACGGGCUGAUGGUGAUGGAGGUGCGCUGGUUCGAGGUCGACCUCGACUACGAGUACGACGCGCCCAGGUGGUUCGACCUCGCGCAGGAGGAGGCGCCCGUCGAGGCCGCCGCCGCCGAGAUGUGGUUCGCCGCCGCGCCCAGCUACCCGCCCUCCCCUUUAAUUGCUAUGAUGCUGGCUGAAGAUCUUGGGUUGCCGAACCUAAGAAGCAUUGCAGUUGCAGAAAUAGAUGCUGUGCAUUGCUCGAAGCCGUCGCAAGGAUGUUCCGGUGCAGCUGAACAAAGUAUGUAUCAAUCACAUGUCAAAAUAGGACGGAUACCAUGCUAUGGAAUAUCAAAAAAUGAAAGAAAACCUGCCACUCGAAGUAUUGUGAAGGGGAAUUUCUCCAAGGGGUCCACACUGAUGAAGCCUACAGCCAGUCAAUUAGCCAGGCAAAACAGGCAACAUGAAGUGAAGAAUGUCAUGCCGAGUAAAAAGUCAGUUGGAGUGAGAAGCGAGGGGAGUACCAUGAGCUCAAACGAUUGCACUAACCAAGCUGGUAAAAGGCAGAAGUUAGAAAAAGGCCAUCUCAACAAGGUUGUUCCUACAAGUCAACAUGAAUUAAUCCACAAGGCUCAUGAAAAGAAUGUUAUGAAGAGUAGCUCUGAUCGUGCCACUGGUCUAUCUAAACUGAAGAUUACAGUGCCGAGAGAACCUGAGUUGGCAACUAGGCUAAGAGCAGAGAGGUCAAGGAUUCUAAGAGCAGUGCCAACUAACUCAAAGCAGUUAAAUAAACGGGAUUUGCAGCCUGCUCCUACGACGCAAGCAGCAUUGACCAGAAAGGUCGUGCAACCAUUUCGGGCCCAUCAGCAUGCGAAUGUACAACAUGCCACUGUUCCACCAAACAUGCCAGCGUGUGCGCCUAACCGUGCAAUUAAUCUCCACAACAUCGAUAGAAAACCAGAAGAUUCCAGAGAUGGCACGUUUAAAUUUAAAGCUCAGCGAUUGGAUAAAAAGAUAUUACAAAGCAAAGGAGAUACUGGUUUAUUUCAAAAUGCCAAAAGAAAUCCUACAGUGCCUAAGGAAUUCAACUUGUCAACAUGCCGAAAGAGCAAGCAGGCUCCAUUAUCUGAGCUCUUUAACAAGCUUUCUUUAACCGCCGAAGGCCGCCGUGCCAUGGACCGCCAGGCAGUUGAACGUCCAAAUUACAUCACCACCAAGGAUUGCAAAGAGAACAUGAUUGGUGCCAUUCGUUGCUAGCUCUGACCUACUUAGUCAAGAAGAAUAUUUAUACCGUUCUGUUUGACAAAGGCUGAUUCAGAAUCUCAUUUCUGCACCUGCACAAAGGCUAGGCGUCUCUUUUG